UUGAUCUAAACUUCAAACAUUAUAAAAUUAAAAAUAUUUAAAUUUCAAAAAAAAAAAAAAUUGUUUAAAAAUUAAAUUUAUCACAAAAAAAAAAAUCGUUAAAAAUGAGCAAAUUUGAAUGUCAAUGCUUGUGCGACAACGAGGAAUGUGCCCGUUUUCAUAAUCCACCCAAACCACCAUGCAAUUGCAUUCGUCAACUUAGCAAAUCAACUAAAUUCAUCGAAAGAAUACUCGAUUGUUCUGAAACCAUUGUCCGAGUUUUAUCAAUUUGUGGAAUUCAUGAAUGCAAAGCCAAGGCUGCAGGUGAUGUUAUAAUCUUCGGUUUUCUUCAUUAUCAAAUAGUUGCCGAUCCUGUUUGUGAUGUCCUACGAAAAAAAUUACGAAAAGAAGAUUUAUUCUACGACUUGGGUAGAAAAUGUCGAAUGAAUCGAACUGAAGCACAUCUGGCUUAUUCAAUUAUAAAGAAGGCUUUCAAAGCCUUUUAUUACAAACAAACUGCUGAUAAUUACAAUCCAGAUUUUGUAGACCAAGAUCAAUGGAUGCGUGCUGCUGAAAAGACUGCAGAAGUAUAUGCUUGUUCGGAAGGUUUAAGAGAAGUUGAACGAAAGAAAUUAGAAAAUAGAAUCAAGACAGCUUAUUGUAGCUUCAUUAAACGUAUUGAAGAAGGUCUUAAGAAAGACAAAAAGUUCAAUUGUACUUGUUGCUUUUGUAAGGAAUGCAAAACUUUGGAUGGAAAAAGCUUUAAAUUAUAUGCAAAUGUUUUACCAAAAGAAGAUGAAAAAGUCUACAGAUUUAAACAGCGACUUAUUGAGGAAGGUCAGAAAGUAACUCUGGAAGAACCUGAUCCUUGUGGACACAAAGUUUUAGAGUGGCAAGAUAAGAUGAAAGCUCAAACUGUAAAAAUUGAAUCUCUGGCGCAUGAGGAUACACCCUGUUGCGGAGACAAUAAUCAGGAAAAACACGUUGAACAAUGUCAAGUUGCUGAAGGAGAAUCAUGUCUUUAGAGAAAAUUAUAAAAAAAAAUUGGAGCUUAAGUCCCAACUUUAUUUGGAAGGCAAUAAAUUCUUUUAAUAAAGAAAAA